UAUUUGUUAGCUGAACUCGUCAGUCGAUUGUUUCUUGACGGAGCGAAUGUGUCUCGCGCGUGUCGAUCUUGAAAUGUAUUUUUAAAAGUAAAGUGUAAGAUUUAUUAUUUUGUUAAGCUAAGCUGAGAUUUUAUGCGUACCGGGCACACAGUAGAGCAUUGUAAUCAACAACGCAAGCAACAACGCAAAGAAUUGUGGCACAAAUAUAGCUGAUAAAUUUAGAAGAAAACAAGAUAUUUGGUAUCGCGCGUCUGUGAGUGCUUUUGUGUCUAUGUGUAUGUUUAAGAUUUAAACUGUCGCUGUGCAACACUGUGCUGCAAUGCUAACAAAAUGAACGGUAAAGAACAAGCAGCGGGCCGGGAAUUCAAGCGUAAUUCAAACGCCUACGCCAGUUUGCCAGCAACAAAAACUACAACAGCGACAAAAGAGGGACGUAAACAACAACAAAAACAACAACAAGAGUCGUUAAGAGAACCAGAACGAUAUGGACUCUCACAUAGUUUGUCCAGCGAAUCAAUAAAACAGGCCUGCGACUAUUACGACGAUGAACCGAGCGAUGAGGACCUGAUUGAGAUACAGCAAACGCCGCAGGGAUUUCAUCACCAGCAGCAGCAGCCGCAGCAGCAGUUGCAUCCGCUCAGCUUUAAGAUGUCGCUGGCCAUGGAUGAUGAGCGAAAUGCAUUUUGUGACGUCAGCCAAGAGCCGCCAUUGAGCACGCCCAUCAAACAGACGGCUGUUGUGCCGGACGAGGCGCUCAGUGUGCUGAAUGAGUUGGAUGCCAUACUGGAUGUGCAUGGCGCAUCGAAGAUUAAUGGCAACUGCAACUCUUCCUGCGGCAACACCUCAUCCUCCUCCUCUUCCUCCUCCGCUGAUGACGAUAAAGUUGAGGAUUAUCUCAUGGAUUUGGACAACUAUCUGGAGGAACUGGAUAAAGAGGAUCCAUUGGCCAUUGCCGGUGUUGUCAUCGGUCAUCCCAGUUUAAACCGAGAACCACGCACACGCACCCUUCCUCUCAGCCGCAAACGCAAGCAGCACAAACAGUCGCAUGAGGAUGUCCAACCAGUCUUGGACGCCGAGUUCCAACGUGACCAUCAGAUGCGCAAAACCUUCAGCUGCGGUCUGACGCCAACAUCAAACACAAAAGCUACGUCGAAUACAUCACUAGAAACUGGCGCCAUUGGAGCUGCCCAGGUGGAUCUAUGGCGUCGCCAGUCAAUGCGACGCGCCAUGGGAAAUGCUGACGAAACCAAAGGCACAGCGAAUGAGAAGGCGGAAGCAGAGGACGAGGAAAAGGAAGAGGAGCAGGAGUCGCCGCAUAUAUCCGCCUUGUUGGUCAAUCUACCAACGACGAGGACGACGACGGAAAUGCGUCGCAGUUUCUCACAGCCCGAAUCGUUGCCGGAUCGCCAAGGAAGCGCUCUGCAGAUGCUGACGGAGGCGCAUAUCUUUGACAAUCUGCUGCAGAACGAGCAGCGUACGGCGCGUGCUGUUAGCGAGCAGCUGGAGCAGCGACCACGUCAAUAUGGACGUCGAAGCGAGGGUCAUCCGUCCAUGAGUCCCGGGCGCAGUAUUGGCAGUUUUAUAUCUCCACUGAGUCGGCCACAGAGCGCACCGGCGCAGACGCAACGCCGUGAUCCUGUGGAGACGCCAACGCAUGCUAUGAUGUCCACGCUGUGCUCGGAAAUGAGCUCGGCGCGAUCCUCGCGCAUACCCAGCCCCGUAUCCUUGGUGAGCAACAGCAGUGGCAGCAGCAGCAACAGUAGCAGCGACAGCUCCACGGCCAGCACAGGACCUGAGCAGGAUCAGCUGGAGCUGGGACAGACACAGACCACGUUAUGCAGUGGCAGCAGUGGCAGUAGCAGCACAACGCCACUGGAACCGCAAUUGUUGCGGGAGAAGUGCGGAUUCAAUAGCCAAUGGCCACACGCCGCCAGUCGCAUCCUGGCGUUAAUGGGUUGCACCUUGGGUGUCUUUAAUUUAUGCCGAUUUGCGGUUCUCACCAUUAACUAUGGUGGCAACUUUCUGCUGCAGUUCCUUCUUCUCUCGAUUAUCUUUGGAAUACCGCUCUUUUGGCUGCAGAUGUGUCUGGGCGCCAAGAUCAAGGCGGGUCCCGUUUCAAUGUGGAAGAUUAGUCCAAUUUGCAGUGGCGUUGGCAUUGCUCUUGUCAUGGUUCAAUGCUUUCUGGCCAUCUAUUCAACGGUUGCAAUUGCCUGGAUUCUUAUCUAUCAACGCGAUGUGUUCCCAACGCCCACGCACAGAGUCUAUCGCUGGCAGGAACAGGCCUUUCCCUAUCGCUACGAUGCCACCAAUGAAACGGGAAAUCUCACGAAUACCGUUGCCAAUUACUUUAAUAUUGUGGUGCUGCAACGUCUGCAUCUGGCCAAGCAUCCGGAUGCGAGUGGUGUCCGUUUCCAUGUCAAUGAUCGGCAGUUGGCGUCUUACUUGGCACUCGUUUGGGCAGCCGUCUUCGUCAUACUCUGCAAGGGACUCAAAUCCUUGGGCAAGUGGACCUAUCUAAUCAAUACGUUGCCAUUGCUCACACUUGUCGUUGUGACUGGCAAAUUUGUAAGCGUUGUGGAUCCAGCCAGCAUACAGAAUAUAUUUGCCUCGAGUGAUUUUGAUGAUUUUCUGGUGAACUCAAAUACGUGGACAGCGGCGACACAGGAGACGUUCCUCACUUGGGGCAUGCUGGGCGCCUCCGUGAUAGCCAUAACGAGUCGAACUCAUGCCACGGCCAGCAAGGCGACGCUACGACGUGAUGCAAUUCUGCUGGUGCUGCUUACACUGUUGGGUCUUGGCCUGGUCGCAUUGUUGGCACUUUGCUGUGCUCAGAUUCUGCGUGAACAUGGCUACAUUUAUGUGCCGGGAUCGUUUGAAACACCAGAUUGCUAUACGUCCGUGUAUUCGCUGCAGGCGCAUACAAAUCCACAACUGUUGUCCUAUCCACGUGCCUUGGUGCCACACUAUUCCUCGUUCUUGGGGGAAACGUAUCGCAGGAACAAGACCAUAUUGCACAUUGAGAGCGGCUUUCAAGCGCUGCGUUUCAUUACGGAACUGUUUCCGGCGGCACUUUCACUGGCCAGCGAUGCCAUCUCAUGGGUCUGGGCAGCUGUUGCCUUUGGCAUGUUCGCUGGCUUUGGAUUGGCACAAUUGUGCGUCAUGUGGAAGCCCAUUUCCAGUGCUUUGGGCAAUUCGACCAGCUCCGUGCUGCUGAGCUGUGUCACUGGACUCCUGUUAAGCAUUCCCUUUGCCACAGAGAUGGGCAUAGAGAUAUUGUAUUAUGUGGACUUUUUGCUUGGCGGCUCCUGGUUUAUACCCAUUAUUUGGGCAGCUCAAAUCUUUGGUGUGUUCCUCAUACGCGGUCGUCCCUACAAUGGUGAUGAUCUGGUCAAUGAUCUGCGCAUGUGCGGCUCCAUGUCCGCAUUUCUCGCGCUCUCCUGGAACGUACUGCUGCCGAUUGGACUGAUUACGCUCGCAGUGAUUGACUACAAGGCAUCGCUGUCCAAUCAAUUCUAUUAUUGGCGCGGCAAAUCAUACUUUAGCUAUGCGAGCAGGAAAAUGGGCAGCCUCGUCCAAAUUGGCAUUGUGCUCAUCAUUCCCGUCACGGCAAUCAUACAGAUCUAUCGCUACUUGACACACGGUCCACCUGACAUACUAGAGCGCAUUCAACUGUUGUAUCGUCCGCCAGAGGAGGGAGAUGAACCACGUCGCCCUUCAGCACGUCAAAGAUCUGCGCAAGAACGCCGCAAUGCAACGAACCCGCAGCAGGAGAAUGCCUCACAUGAGACACAGAAUGAUGCACCGCCCAAGUACACGCCUCCACCAUCAUAUACAACUGCCACUGGAGCUCGUCUGGCCAAAUUAUUGAGACAGAGCAUACGACGCAGCGUGCGCAGGUGAGAUUCGUGGAGAGAAUGAUAGGAAAAAACUUUAUAGAUCGAUUGGUAACAUCAUUUCUACAGAAAUACUUACCUCCUAUUCGACUAGAGAGUGCAAGGAACAACAUUAAAUUUUCGCAAUGAAUGAAUAAGAUUAGAAACUCGAGAAAGAUUAACUAGAAAAUAAUUUCGAGAGUAAGAGUUAUCACAUUUUCGACUAGAGAUUAGAUUAGAUUGAACAGAAUCAUUCAUAGAGGUAAAGCUAAUCUCCAUCGAUUAGAUAUAGCAACAGACUGCACGAAACAUUUAUAAUCUUCAUUUCAAGAGAAAGGUUAGUCUUAUACUUAAUUAAAAAACGGCAAGAAACUAUAUAGAAUCAUUUCUAGAGGAAGAGUAAUCUUAUCUACCAUUGGAGAAAGAAAGAAAUGAUAUUCAAAGAUUGGAAUCAUCAUUUCUACGAAAAAGUAAGACCCCUCUUCGUUUAGAAAAAGAAUUAAACUACACAUAGCUUGCUGUUAAUCAUUUGUCGAGGAAUACAUGAUCUCCUUCGUUUUAAUUCCAACCGUUGACAUUGUACGACUCCCUGAUGGAGCAAAGGUUGCGGAAUUGUCCAUCUGUGCCUGUGGUGCAGCCUUGAGCCGCCCUGCUGCAGCUGGAGUAGAUGCGACUGCCAAUCAUGUUUGUGUAUGCAUAAUUGCAGGCGGUCAACACCGAAUUCCAGCCAUCUUUAGUGUAUCUAGAUGAGGCGCAACCAACGCGUAUAUUCUUCUCAUACAUCAUUACAGUAAAGUGUCCAAUGGUACUAAG